GGAGAUUCGGAGACAGACCGGAAGACCUCCGCGGAGGGAGACACCACGGGCUGCCUUCGGCCAGGCAGAGGAAGGGACCUCAUCCAGGCUGGAGCUCCUGAAAAGAAUCAUGCUACUGUCCUCCUGAUGAUGGCUACAGCCAAUACCAUGGAAGCUGAUCUCAACUGCCUGGACAGGGUGGAGAAGUGAGAUCCUAAAGAACACUCCAUUAAGGGCUCCAGGAGAAGACUAGAUGGACAGUUUUCUCAUCUGCCUCCCAGGGUUGUUGAUUCAUUUAGGACAGAGGCAUUUAAGGAUACAACCAGUGAAAUCACCAGACUUGAAGUGCAAUCCUCUUCAGAUCACAACAGCAGGAGGAGAGUCAACAGUGGACGGCUGCCCUUUCAAUGUGGUACACCCUAGUUCAUCAGCUUUCUGUCGCUUCUAGUCAUGUGUGGGGACACCUGGGUCCUUCAUCAUUUUGACAACCAGGUUUGAAAGAAUGGAUCAGUACCAGACAAUACAUCCUCUGAGGACAAAACACAGACAAACAAGGACACAGUCAGAUGCUGAGGGAUACAAACAAUAGUCCCCUUUGAGCAGAAGCGACCCCCUGCACCAGAGAAGAAUUCCAGUUAUGAAUUCAAGAAAGAGCUUCAAAUAACCAAGUUGGUCAUUUAUUUAUGAAAAUGUGCCUACCCCAUCCAUACCAUGCUGAGAAUUUAGUUCUCCUUUAUAAGAAAAGAAAACAUCUAAUGAAGUAAGUGUCUGGUGAUGUGUAAAACAUUCUCAUGUGAUCUACUGAGAAAAGAUCUGAUUGUUGGAGUGACUCGGUAUUUUGUCCACAGUAUCACAGUGAAUAACUUAACUAAAGGACUUUUGGAAACUUUAGCCUUUGGUGUUGAAAGUGGAAGGUAAUACUAUAAAACAAGUGGUAAGGCGUGACUCCCUUUCAAGAUGGCAGAUAAACUUCCUUCAGAAUUCGAUGUGAUCGUGGUAGGGACUGGUUUGCCUGAGUCCAUCAUUGCAGCUGCUUGUUCAAGAAGUGGCCAGAGUGUUCUACAUAUUGAUUCAAGAAGCUAUUAUGGAGGAAACUGGGCUGGUUUCAGCUUUUCGGGACUAUUAUCCUGGAUAAAAGAAUAUCAGGAAGAGACUGAUGUUGAGGAAGAGUGGGCAGCAUGGGAAGAGCUAAUACUGGAAACAGAAGAAGCCAUUGUUCUUAGAAAGAAGGAUCAGACCAUCCAACAUGUAGAAGUCAUUUGUUAUGCUGAUCAGGAUUCAGAUGAUCAUGUUGAAGAAGUUGGUGCUGUGCAGAAAAAUCCUGUCUCUGUGAUGUCUCCUGACCCAAAUGACCCUCUGGACUCUAUAGACAGAGCUUGCUCAGAUCCAUCUGAAUUACCAGCACCACACAGUGAGUCAGAAAGGAAAUUGGAAGUAUCUGAAGUAGAUGUGACACUGGAGAAAGAAAAUCGUGAUGAUCACAUAGAUUGUAGGCAGUCAGCUUUGGAACAGGAAAAAUCUAAAAAUGCACCCAUAAUAGAAGAUGAUGCUGAUGUACCUAAGAAGAAUAGGAUUACUUACUCCCAAAUUGUUAAAGAAGGCAGGAGAUUUAAUAUUGAUUUGACCUCAAAACUUCUUUACUCUCGAGGAUUGUUAAUUGACCUUCUAAUCAAAUCAAAUGUUAGUCGCUAUGCAGAGUUCAAAAAUGUCACCAGGAUUCUUGGAUAUCAGGAAGCGAAUGUGGUACAGGUACCUUGCUCCAGAGCAGAUGUUUUUAAUAGCAAGAAACUCACUAUGGUAGAAAAGCGCAUGCUGAUGAAAUUUCUGACAUUUUGUUUAGACUAUGAACAGCACCCUGAUGAAUACAAAGCUCAUGAGGAAAGCACCUUUUCAGAAUUUUUAAAAACUCAAAAAUUGACCCCCAGCCUGAGACACUUUGUACUUCAUUCCAUUGCAAUGACAUCAGAGACAUCCAGCAGCACCUUAGAUGGCCUCAGAGAAACAAGAAACUUUCUUCAGUGUCUCGGGAGGUAUGGCAAUACUCCCUUUUUGUUCCCCUUGUAUGGCCAAGGAGAAAUACCCCAGUGUUUCUGCAGAAUGUGUGCAGUAUUUGGUGGAACCUAUUGUCUUAACCAUGCAGUACAGUGCCUUGUGGUAGACAAAGAAUCUGGAAAAUGCAAGGCAAUCGUAGAUCACUUUGGUCAGAGGAUAAGUGCUAAGUAUUUUUUCAUCGAAGAUAGUUACCUUUCUGAGAAAACAUGUUCAAAUGUGACCUAUAGGCAGAUAUCAAGAGCAGUGCUAAUCACAGACCAAUCUGUACUGAAGGCAGAUUCCGAUCAGCAUGUUUCUAUUUUGACAGUACCACCAGUGGAACCAGGGUCUACUGCUGUUCGGGUAAUUGAGUUGUGUUCUUCUACCAUGACAUGCAUGAAAGGAACAUAUCUUGUCCAUUUGACUUGCCUGUCCUCAAAAAAAACAGCAAGAGAAGAUUUAGAAUUGGUUGUACAGAAAUUAUUCACUCCAUAUGCUGAAAUAGAGCUUAAAAAUGGGGAACAAGAAAAGCCAAGUCUUCUGUGGGCCCUCUAUUUCAAUAUGAGAGAUUCUUCAGGCAUUAAUAGAGACUCCUACAGUGACUUGCCUUCAAACAUAUAUGUCUGCUCUGGACCAGAUUGUUUUCUGGGAAGUGAGCAUGCUGUUAAACAGGCUAAAACAUUUUUCCAGCACAUCUUCCCAAAUGAAGAAUUUUGCCCACCUCCACCAAAUCCUGAAGAUAUUGUGUUCUUUGGAGAUGGUGUGCAACCAGAGGGUCUUGCAUCCAAGCCAGACACUGAGGAAGAAGUAACAGUCCAAAGAAACCCAGAAGAGAAAGCUCAAGAAUAGAUGGCGACCAGAUAGGGAGCCCUACUUAAAGAACUGUACCCUGUGUUCAAGUUAUCUUAAUGAAAGAAAAGUUAGGAAUAGACUCAAAAGCAACAGUGAGUCAUCUUUAUUUGCAAAAUUACAACAUAUUAAAAGAAGCCAGAAGAGUUUUUCCCAGUCUUGAGGAAGGGCAUUGUCACACAAACCACCCUUCCAAAACACAUUUAUUCUCCCUGUUUUAAGAUGUCAGAAGUUUUUAAUUAACAGAUUCAGUUUUACAGUGCUUUAUCUCCUGGGAGUAACACUACUCAGGAUAAGGGAUCUGAUGAAUUGUUAGCUGUUAUAUAGUGUUCAGAAAGUUCUCCUUUUGCUUCCUCUGGAAUCUUUAGAAGCACCAAGAUAUGUUUAUUGUUGAUGUUUUCCAAAAACUUUUAUCCUUGAGGUUAUAAAAGAGCCAUCUUACUAGCUAUUGUUUAAGCAGAAUAGUUAUCUUCAUGCUUAGAAUUGUUUUCUUUAGUGGGAAACCUCAGUAAUUAGGAUCAGAAAGCAGUGAUAGCUUUAAGAACAAGUUUUGGGUGUGCUACUAGGCACCAAAACAAUGUUAUGUUAUUCUCUUCAACUAAAUGAUAUAACAUUUUAUGGUAAGAAUAAGUUUCUUUGAGGCAGCUAUGUAGUGCACUGGAUAGAGAGCUGGAGUUAGGAAGAUCUGAGUGAGGCCCUGGGUAAGUCACUUAACCUCUGCCUCAGAUUCCUCAAUUGUAAAAUGGGGAUAACAGCACCUAUUUCACAAGGUUAUUGUG